UGUGCUCUGCUUUGUCGAGGUGUUUUGUCCUGACGACUGUCGCGAUAGUUUGCCUCUGUUAUGAAUUAAUCAGUUCAACUUAAAUCAGUCUUAACAGCGUUGAAUAUGUCGAGUGUAGGCGUGAGGUGUCCGGACUGCGGCUCCUCAGACGUCGUUGAAGACGAUCUUUUCUCCCAGAGUCAGCGUGUGUGUGCUGACUGUGGCUAUGUCUUAUCUGAGGAUAAUCUCACCGCACAACACAGUGAAGGCACAGAUGUCAGAUACAGCCAAACUACAGCUGUGGCAAAACUGCCGUGUCGAAAUCAGAUUAAAGGCCUGCAACGAGUCUGUGCCAUAUGUCGGACACUCAGACUCAACAGGACAAUAGAGGCACGUGCACAGACCUAUUACAAGCAGGCAUAUGAACACCCCAAUUUCAUUAAAGUCAGGCUUCAGAAGAAGGAGACUCUAACCGGAUGUUGUGUGCUUGUAAGCUGCAGACUGCACCAGUGGCCCGUUACCAUUGGCACCAUCAGCUGCCUUCUGGAGGCUGACCCAGUCAUAAUGGCAGCUGUUUAUAAGAAGAUGGUCAAGACUCUGAAUAUCGAACCUCCCAUCUUUGGCAUCACUGACGUAAUAGACACCCACUGUCAGGAAUACAAGCUUAGCUCUCCUCACGUUCCCGAAGAGUUGGCUGAAAACGUCAAAGAUUUGACAAAGCGAGCUGUUGCCUUGGUGGAGUUGGCUGCAGAUUCUUGGAUUGUGACUGGCCGAACGCCCGUCCCCAUCAUGAUGGCAUCCGUCUUCUUGGCCUGGCAGUCCUUGAAGCCUACCAAGAUCCGUCUAAAGUUCUCACUUGGUAAAUUCUGUGAGCUGGCUAAGGUAAAAAAACAUAAGGCAGCGGUAAAGAGAAUAACUGAAAUGAAAGAGGUACUAUGCAGGCUUGGCCAGGAGCUUCCCUGGAAAGAGGCUGAGGUGAAACCAGACAAUGUGAUGCAUCUGGUGGGGGAUAUUCUGGAACAUAGGUAUGGCCUGCUUUGGAGUGCUCUGAGAACCCAUGAGGAAUCCCUGUUAUCUGAGCUCCAGCCCAGGUUAGAGGACACUGCACUUGAAAUCCAGACGAAGACACCUUGUCAAAUCGUUGGCAAGGUGGAACAGACUCCAGCUAUGUCAUGUAUGGACACAUGCGAGUCAAAUGCUGGAAGUGACCAACAAAAAGGCGAUGAAGACACUAACUUAUGCACUUUGCCCAAGCUAAGCAAAGACACAGUCCCUCAGGGGAGCCAGGCCACAGCAGCACAUUGGACUAAAAGAGUUUUGUUUUGUCCCCCUUCUGCUAGAAAUGCUAAAUGUAGGAGAGUGGAAGGGUCUUUACAAAAGGACAUAACUGGUGAUGAAGAUAUAUCAGAUAGUGAAAUUGAUACGUAUAUACGCACUCCCCAGGAAGUGAGAGAAUUCUGUGAGGCAAGGAAGCUUCUGGAUUUCGAUAAUAUAUCAUGCAGAGAUGUUUAAGACUUGCAGAUAUGACAUUCUUAUAGUUUGGCUUUUUUUUGGGGGGGGGAGUGUAAAGCUGCACAGAUGUAAGUGGAGGUAACAUGAGGUAACACGGGGAUUCGAACCGCUGAGCCCCAUGUUGGUAAGCAAUGGAAUAGACUGCCAAGUUACCCGGACGCACUUUUGGUUCAGCCCUAUUCUGAUAAAAAAUGAAUUAAGUAACAUCCCAACAAGUCUGUUUAUAUAUGUCAUUUAUUAGUGAUGCCAACAUGUAGAGCAUUUUUGUAUUUGUUUACCCAAGGCGAGGGGAAGGAGUUGGUUGCUGCAUCAUUCUUUCUGAUUUAAAAAAGUUGACGCAAAUGCUCAAUUUUUGAUGUGCUUGCUCUCUUUAAAAUUGCAACUGUAGAGGUAUUCCAGUCAAUAACUGAAUAAGUUGGAUUUGAAAACGCCAUUCAAGGUACUCAAGGAGACUACAGAACGAAUUGAAAAGAUAAAAAGAGGGAGGGGGAGCCCAAUGAGGCCAGAGCUCGACUCAUUGUGUGUGUGUGUGGGGGGGGGGGGGUUAUUUGCUACUGAAAGCCUCUUUGAAGCGGUAGAUUUUGUGCUGAGCCUUAAAAUUGGAGGGGGUUUCAGCAUUUUGGAUGGAGUCCGGGAGACCGUUCUAAAGCUUAGGGACAGCUGCGCUGAAGGCCCAGUCCCCCAUUGACUUGACAGUGGUCCAUGGCUGACUGCCGUCAUGCCCAUAUUUUCAUAUGAAACCAAUCGUUGGUUUCGGUCGUAGUGCCACUGUAUCGUUUAUAAGGGUGGGGAUACCUGCAGUCAGUUUAGACUGAAGAGGUCACUAAGUUGAGUGAUGAAACGUAUCUGUCGAUAAACGUUGUGUCCAGAUGAACUGAUUCAACCUUCUGUGAUUUCACAAUGAAAGUUUUCAGUCCAUGAGUUAGAACUACAUUGAUGGAACAGGCCAGAUUACUGGUUUUCUCACUUCCAAAGAUUAAAUCAAUGCAAAGUGUUAUUUCAUGCUCCUCCACUCGGUUAAUUAUGGUGCCCUUGGUAUUUAUUAUACUACAAACACAAUUUCCCCAUUUAGCAUCUAUUCUAGUGCUCUUAUAUUGUUUAUCAAAAAGGUGAUAAUCCAUCAUGUACAUCCAUAUCCAUCAUGUACAUGGGUGUACAUGAUGUAUGUAUGUAUCUGUAUGUAUCUGGUGCGUACAUUAAUUUGCAUGUCUGUUGUUAUUAAUACCACAUGUCUUAACUGAUAGGUUCUUAAAGAAUGCCUGUAUGGAAUCUGCUGUAAAGAUUUCUAGACAACAUUGUCGAUAAACAGAACCAUGAUUACAGAUUGAUUAUAGCGAGUCUUACUUCAUAUAACAAUAACAUUACAACCAAGUAGUAGUAUUGUAUGCUUUACUAUUCACAGACAUAUAUUGUGUCAUCUCUCCUGCUUCUGUCUAUGUAUGCUGGAACAAGGCUUGCAUAGUGCAUAAUGGUUAUGAUUCCACCUAGUGGUGAUAUUAGGUACAACAUUGUACGUUAUGUCCCAGUGUAAGCUUCGUGUCCAGUGUAGGUUCGUGUGAGUCACAAGGUAUUCUCUUUAGGGUGAUCGGAACAUAUUUUAUCACCCCCUCAAAUCAAAAUACAUGAGCAUCCCGUUCAAGUAAUUGAAUGUAAAUGACUCAUAGCUGACUCGACAAACGGGAAAUUCCUACCAAUUAAACAAAUGGAUCUUAAUCACUAGACAGUGAUGAAAAUGGCCAUGCUGUGACAGUACCGGGAG